GACGCGUCAGCCUGACGCGCGUCAUGGCAGCCAUUGACACCAGCUCCUGCACAGUCAGCACCUUCCUGCGGCACGGAAACGGCUGUUCCGUCGCGAGCCGCCCAAUGCCGCCCACAAGGAAGCGCAGUUUCAGGGCAACGUAUCUGGACCAUGGCACGCCGCCGCCACCGAAACGGACGCGGUCCGUCGAGGUCAUCAUCCUGAGCAGCGAUACCGAGGUAGAAGAGCUCCCCGUGAACCCGCCGCGGCUGCCGCGCCACCGCAUUUUGUCCCGGAAGCCUAAACAAAGGGAAGCUUCCGUCAUCGACAUCUCUGACGACGCCGAGGACGUCGCCGAGGACGACGAGGAGGACAACGACGAGGACGACGAGGAGGACGAUGCCGAAGGCGACGCUGAAGACGACGAGGAGGAGGACACCGAGGACGAUGCGGAGGACGACGCGGAGGACGACGAGGAGGACAACGAGGAGGACAACGACGACGACGAUACCGACGAAUCCCAGCCUCACCGUACGCUUUCGGUUCUCAAGCAGCUGCAGCAGGACGCCUUCAACGACUCCAAGGCUGGUCUGCGCGACAAUCAGCGCGAGCCCGCCGGUGCCAUCACCGAGCCUGCCGCCGAUGACGACGACAGCGACGACGACGAUACCGACGGAUCCCAGCCCCACCGCGCGGCAUCGGUUCUCGAGCAGCUACAGCAGGACGCCUUCGGCGACUUGAAGCUCGACCAGUGCGACGAGUCAGACGAUCUACGCGAGCCGGCCGGUGCCAUCAACCCCGCCGCCGCCGCCGCCGACGAUGAUACCGACGGAUCCCAGCCCCACCUGGCGCAGUCGGUUCUCGAGCAGCUGCAACAAGACGCCUUCCACGACUUCAAGGCCGAUCUGUGCGACGAGCUCGACAAUCUGCGCGAGCCCGCCGCCGACUCCCGUGACGACGACGCAACAUCGUGCGCGCCGCUCCGCGACGUGCUGCGGCAGUGGGUUGCACCGCGGCAGGACAAGGCGUCGCGCUAUACCGACUGUCUCUGCUACAGGCUUGACCACGCGUACAACAGCGCGCGGGGAUUCUCCCAGCGGGCCUUGGUCGGCCGGGAUCGGGCGGUGGUUCGGACGCUGUGUCGGCUUGCGGGCGAACUGCCGUUCGAGGUCUUCCUCGCCGUGCUGGAGACGGAGACGGGGGCUGGCGGCGCCGCGCCCGAGGACUACCUCGUCUCCAGUCUUGUUGACCUGCAGGGGAACGAGGUUGUGUCGUACAUCGUUGUGGACGAACAGAAUUGGGUGCAGGCGCGGUUUGGUGCCUCGACGUCGCGUGCUGCUGGCUACCUCGAUGCCGCGGUGGUGCUGCUUCCGAGAGACAGCGUGGUCGACUUUCUGCUACGGUGGACUGAAGCUCCUGCCGCGAUGCCGGGCCGAGACUCUCUCGAGAUGCGAGAAGUCCAGGGGCUUGUUCAGUACUUCGCGGCUCGCAUCUUGGAGACGGACAGGCGCGACCACCGGCUUCUGCCCAUCUUCAAGGAGCUCUGUGUCCGGGUCUGGCAGCUCGACGAGGCAAAAGGCCUUGCUCUGCUUCCCGGUUCCGUGGUGCAGACCGUUUUGCAGGCCGUGCUUCAUGCGCAAGAUUGGCCCUUCUUUGAACAGGUCGCUUCCCGCCUCGGCGGCCAGCCCCCUGUGCCGUUUUUGCAGUGGGUGGUCCAGGAGGUAGAUUCCGGACGUCUGCCCCUCCAGCCAAUACAGAAAGGGUAUGCGCCCGCCCCUUGUGCCCUUGAAAAAAAGAGUGUAGCUGACCGCUUUGGAGCUUGCUGGCCGCCGCUCUCACUUCCACCACGACCGUUGCUAGAUAUCGUAUCGCCUAUCAACUGAUUUUGUUGCGGCCGUCAGAGAGCGGCUGGGAGGAUUUCCUGCGACAGUUAGUACUCGGCUCGCUGGACGAUAUAAGGCUAGAUGGAGGGUGUUCUCAUGACGGCCGCUUCUUGGUUGGCC